AUGUACGUCCUUAUAACAUUUAAUGCCAUUACUGCCAACGAACGCGUUGAAAUUAAAAAGGACCAAAAGCUGUGCUCGCGUGUGACACUCCGGGCGUCGGAGAUCGAGAGACGAUCUCCGGCCACCAUAAUCGCGGGUCUGCGGCCGCCAAAUUUGAAGAAAACCAGAAAAAUGACAAUGGAUGCCAACCAGCAGGGUAAUGAUGGUGAUCAAUUUUACACCAUAUAUUAUGAGGUGCAAGUUAACGAAACAACGCCACCGCCACCUGUUCAGCAGCCAGUGAAAAAGUUUAAAUAUAAGACUUCAUCCUACGUUACCAUCCCAGAUUUCGAUGGGCCUUCCUAUUUCAUCGGCUGGGAGGCCAAUUUGAGGACCUUGAUUGACAACAAUGGAAUCUUGAUCAAUGAUCAAGAUCUGGACCGAACAAUUCAGAAGAUAAACAGCUGCAAGCAUCGCAGGUCCAGUGUGGUUAAACUUGAACCACUGCCUCAUGAUUUCCCGAUGAUGCAUCAAUAUCAGAUGUAUGCUCCGCCGCACUAUGGAGUCUAUUACUUUUAUAACAGCAAUGCUGGUAUGAUGUGCCACUAUCCCGGUAUUGGCUUUUACGGAGUCAACUUCCGCAGACACAUUAUACAUCAAGGCCACAUUGUGGUGGGAAACCCACAUUUUGGAUAUCAUCGAGUACCCGUGAUCCAUUUUCAGAGAUUUGCCUAA